GCUCCUGGAUAUUGCUCGAAACAUCACGGAUUUACUGCGGUAUUACAGGCGGCAGCUCGGCUUCACUGGAAGUUAGCCUGCACACUGCGAGUGUACGAGUGGGUCUGCAAUUGUCACCGCAACUGUGCCCCUGAAAAUGACACAAGGCAAACUCUUUGCCACGAACAAAACCCCCAAUCCUGAAGCUGAGCAGGGAGGUCCUGAGAAAAGAGAGCCCAUGAGUGCAUCGACUGCACCCCCUACAUAUGAAGAGGCAACAGCAGGUGCCAAGAAUAGCAGCCCUUCACCAUCGGCACCGAUGCACCCCAGCUGGGCCUAUGUGGAUCCAAGCCGUAGCCCCAGUUAUGGAAGCGGAGGAUUCUCUGGUGAAAGUGAGAUAUUUUCCUCAUUCAGCUGGGAUGAUAAGAAUGUUCGUCGGAUCUUCAUCAGAAAGGUCUACAUUAUCCUGAUGAUUCAACUCUCCGUCACAGCUGGGGUUAUUGCGCUAUUCACCUUCUGUGUUCCUGUCAAGAUUUACAUUCAGGCACAUCCUGGCUGGUACUGGGCUUCAUACGCUGUAUUCUUUGUUACCUACCUGACCCUGGCCUGCUGCACCGGACCAAGGAGGUAUUUCCCAUGGAACCUGAUUCUGCUGAGCAUUUUUACCGCAAGUUUUGCAUGCAUGCUUGGAUUUAUUUCAAGCUACUACAACACGAAAUCUGUCCUCCUUUGCUUCGCCAUCACAGCUCUGGUGUGUUUUGCCGUGACAAUAUUCAGCUUCCAGACAAAGUUUGACUUCACCUCCUGCCAAGGAGUCCUGUUCGUACUGUUGCUGGUCCUUUGCAUCAGUGGCUUUGUCCUGGCAAUUGUGUUGCCGUUUCAGUAUGUUCCCUGGCUUCAUGCAAUUUAUGCAGUGCUGGGAGCAAUCAUCUUUACAAUGUUCCUGGCCUUUGACACGCAGAUCCUGAUAGGGAAUCGUCGGUAUGCGAUCAGCCCUGAGGAGUACAUCUUCGGGGCGCUGAAUAUCUACUUGGACAUCAUUUAUAUCUUCACCUUCAUGCUGCAGAUUUUUGGCUCCAAUAGAGAAUGAGCUGGUCAGAAUGGGUCGCUUCCACUUGAGAUGGACUUUUUUUUUCUAUCAAAAAAUGUACCAGCAACAGCAGCAAUUAGAGCUAAAGCAAGUGGCAUAGCUGAAACCCAAUUGCUCCAACUUGUUAAUGGUUUAAUCCAUUUUGUGUUAAUGUAACAGUGAAUCUAGUAUAAGGUGGAUCUGCACAAGCUUAUAGAUAUACGCAUGACAGCAAUACAUACGCCAGUGCGUUUUGGGCUUUUGGCGCGCAUACAUUCCAGGAACACAGCUGAUAUACUUGCUUCCCUGCAGUUUGAGUCACCUGCCAGCUUGGCUUUCUCACACUAAUUUUAUUAAUGGGUGCAUGGUGAUUAUCUGUAAAUGCCUUGGGAGAAAUUUUUUGGAUUAUGUUCGCUAGUGUAGGGGAGUGAGCUUCAAAUUUGCUUCCUUGCUCUAAAGGUCCAAGGAUGGAAUUUUUAUUUCCUCCUCUUAUGCCAAGCGAGGGCAAGUUGCUCCUGGCUGUUUGUACCUACGCUUCCUGAACCACGAGUCCCGCUCUGAAGCCUUGAGCAUAGAAUCCCUGUCAGAAGUGCCAAGUUGCAGUGGAGAUGUUGGACUGAGGCUCCCACCUUCCCUUUUCACAGAGGUGGUAAUAUGUCCCAAGGUACUUGAUUGGAAGCCAAGUAGGGGUUCUUGUAUGUUUCCCCUGCGCAAAUGUCACUUUGGCAAUCUGAUCAUUUUGUUUGGGCGCAAAAUGGCUGCUGCAUUCACCAGUCAUGACUAUUUAAACAACAAACAGUUGAAGAAUGGGAAGGAUGCCAGGGAUGUUAUAUAAAUGCAGAUUCCUUCUUUUUACACUCACCUCCUCUGAGGCAGCUUGUGCUGAGCUCCGUAGUGUUGGUUUCUGUGGAAAGGGGAAGCUUUAAAAACUGGGGAAAGGUGAUGGUUUUUUCUUGUUAAAAGGCUACAUUUAUACAGAGAGCCUCUGUAGUUUGUAAACUGAUUAUAAUAGAUUAGUGUAGUAGUCAAUGGUCUGUCUUGUUUUACUUUAUUUAUCAAUCAUCUGCUGCAACAAGAGUGAUUAAAUCUUACCCUGUCUACACUCUGCUUUGAACCAAGGUCAAUUCCAAUUACCACUGCAGGCCAGAUAGGUAGAACGCCUCCUUCCUUUGUGUGCAUUGCUGACUGAAUUUUCAAUCCUGUCCAGCAUUCAGAAUAUUUAAUUACCAAAAAUCCAGCCACUUAUUCUGGCUCCUGAAGUUGUGGAACAUCUUGCAAUGUCUGUCCUGAAGACAAGGGAGUGGGGCAGAGCCACCUUGGUUGAUGAUAAGGAUUGGCAGACUGUUAAGUGACCAAGUUAUGAUCUUGCAGCAGGGGCCUUCAACACAGAAAUAAGUGGGUACAUUGUAACAACUUGCAAUUAUGGGAGAUCGGUGGGGAAGAAAGUACGGUGUCAGUUGUGGUUUUUACCUUUGCCUCUGUCAAGUCGCACUCUAGGCUUGGCUGGCAGUCCAUCUGGGAUUGAGGGUGAGGUGGUGAGUCAUUAAACUGAAGCCCUGUGCCCCUCCUCUUGGGUAGAUAUAAAUGAUGACGUGGCUUGAUUUUCAUAAAGAAUGGAGAUUUGUUUUUGCACCAGUUAUGUCUAAUAAUAUCUCAUGGGAGGAGGAAGUGUCCCAUCACUUCAUCACAUUUCAAAAGUAUAUCAUUGGCAUGGGAUUAGGCAUGAGAAACAAUUAUGUUUACACAAUACUUUAAUUCAAUAGAGCCUUUAGUUCAGAUGCAACUAUUGGACUGCAGAUUAUAAUCUGAUGUUUAAAUUAAAAAGCACCUGUCAUUUGCUGCUCUGACAAUGAGUCAUCUGUUUAAAUCUACAACAUGUAAUCUGCGAGAGGCAGCUGGGAACUCGGGGCCAAUGUGGAGGGGAAAGCAGAGGCUAUCCUCUAUAGCCCCCAGUUCAAGCUGUGGUCUUGGGACACUGAAAAUCAAGAAUCAAAGGGACCAGGUUUUUAAAAAAAAUAUGCAGGAAGCAACAGAAUAAACACUUCUGACUGGCUAAGAGAAGAUGGUGAAAUGGGAGAGAUGUUUCGCAGAUGGGAUGUUGUGAAAUCUCUGACAGCAGCAGUUACUGUAGGGCGUAAUGGGUGUAUCGAAUACUGCUUAAAGAUAUGCAUGAAAGAAAUCCUUCUGGACAAAGAAACUAUAUCUUAAAACUAUUUGUAUUUUAGCUUUCCCCUCUGUUUCUUUUCAAUCCAUUUGCAACAUAUUUGAGAUUAAAGCUAGAUGUAAAACCAUUUUGCAGGUUUUGAUUUUUUAAAAAUUCUUAUUUUACUAUGUAUCUGUUAUAAUCUGAAAUGUCUCCUUGGUGCAGUAGGUAUCUGCAAUCAGUGGCCACUUUAUUAGGUACACCUAAUCAGCCAAUCACGUGGCAGCAACUCAAUGCAUAAAAGCAUGCAGACAUGAUCAAGAGGUUCAUUUGUUCAGACUAAACAUCAGAAUGGGGAAGAAAUGUGAUCUAAGUUACAUUGACCAUGGAAUAAUUGUUGGUGCCAGGUGAGGUCUGAGUAUCUCAGAAUCUGCUGAUUUCCUGGGAUUUUCAUGUACAACAGUCUCUAGAGUUUACAGAGAACAAUACGAGAAACAUAAAACAUCCAGUGAGCGGCAGUUCUGUGGGUGAAAAUGCCUUGUUGAGGAGAAUGGCCAGACUGGUUCAUGCUGACAGGACGAUGACAGUAACUCAAAUAACCCCGUGCUACAACAGUGGUUUGUAGAAGAGCAUCCCUGAACGCUGAACACGUCACCUUGAAGUGGAUGGGCUACAGCAACAGAAGACUGUGGCCACUUUAUUAGAUUCAGGAGGUACCUAACAAAGUGGUAACUCAGUGUAUACUGAUUAAUCUGAAAAUUGGACCCAUAGUUUUUAAAAAAAACAAGCUGAAGACCCAGAACUCUGCUGCAGUGUCAUGUGCUACCAGCACUGGUGUGAGCUGGGGGGAUUGGUGAGGUGAAGGGAGAGGGGAGGCAGAGGAGUGGAUUCAAUUCCAUAAUUCCUACUAAAAAGCUGCACUGGUUUGACGGAUUGAAUAGCCUCAUUGGGAUGUGUAAUUUUGCAAAUUUUUUGUGUAUCUUUGCCUUUUAGAUCUAUAGCACCGGGGUACCACGAAAUAUAACCCCCUGUUACAGAUCAAUGGGACACAAAGUAAUUUAGUCUGUUGUUGUUCUUCAUCUUUGUCCUGCACACUCUACAUCCCAGCACACUCCCUUUCUUCAAAUUUCAGAUGAUUUUUAUUUUGUGACACCUCGUCUGUGCUGAAUUCCUUUUUGGGGUCGUGUGUUUGUUGUCCUGUAUCUCGAAAUUUGAAGAGGCAAUUGCUUUCAAAGAAACUGUGUCACCUAUUAUUCCCAUUCCGCGCCAAGGCUGGAGUUUGAAAGGAAUAAAGAUAAGAUCUUUUAUGCAACUGAAAAGCAGAAUAAGGAUUAGUAGGCAAUCCAUGGGGUUUAUUGUUGUCUUGGCUUCUGCUUACAAUUGCAUUGAAAUUUAAAAUAAUGAUUCCAAGUCUAUCACUGUAUUGUCCUGUCUGAAAGGCAUAUAUAAAUCAACCAACGCAUACAGUAUGUGGAAGACCUGGGAAAGGAAGGAGGGGAGCAAAAGAAAAGGUUUCAUUACUCGUAGAAGUAACUUGGUAACAAUCAAUGUUACUUUUUCUUUUGAGUACAUGUUAGAACUUCAUGUCAAGUUCAAGUUUGUUGUCAUUCAGCCACACACAUGUAUAUAGUUAAAUGAAAUAUCGUUCCCCUGGUGCCCAGGUACAAAACACAGUACAUAGUCACACACAGCACUUGGAGUUAUGAUCCAGCACAUAUAGACACAAAAUAAUAUUAGCACAAGUCCCUGAGUGACAUGGCCUGAAGAUCGACAAGUUGACAUAAAGUGCAAGGUACAUGUUUAUGAGAGAAAGGUUAAUGUUCCUGACACUAUUAUAAUACAAUACUGUGCAAAAGUCUUGGGCACAUAUUACUUAGCUAGUGCCUGAGACUUUUGCACAGUACUGUAGUAAUUUUAUGUAUUGCACUGUACUGCCGCAAAAAUAAACAAAUUUCGUGACCUGUGUGAGUGAUAAUAAACCUGAAUCUGAUAUGUGUGUCUGUUGCGGACUGAG